AUGGCUGCGGAGCUCUACCCUGCCCAGCACACCGACAUCCCCACCGACAACAACUCCACCGCCAAGAAGAGCGCCCUCCACAUCCCGCACAGCGCCCCGCCGCCUCCGCCGCUCCACAACCUCAACAACAACCACAUCGACUCCGACCACUGGCAGUCCUCACACCCGACCCUGCGAGAGAGAAACGCACUGAUGUUCAACAACGAAUUAAUGGCCGAUGUUCACUUUAUCGUGGGUCCCACUGGGGACUCCAAGAAAGUCCCUGCACACAAGUACAUUUUGGCUGUCGGCAGCUCGGUGUUCUAUGCCAUGUUUUAUGGCGAUCUAGCGGAGGUGAAAUCUGAAAUCCAUAUCCCAGACGUGGAACCUGCAGCAUUUUUAAUCCUUUUAAAGUACUUAUACAGCGAUGAGAUUGACCUGGAAGCGGACACUGUGCUUGCAACACUCUACGCUGCCAAGAAGUACAUUGUUCCUGCGCUAGCCAAGGCCUGUGUCAAUUUCCUGGAGACCAGCCUAGAGGCCAAGAAUGCCUGUGUUUUGCUUUCACAAAGCCGGCUUUUUGAAGAGCCCGAGCUGACUCUGCGGUGUUGGGAGGUUAUAGAUGCUCAGGCAGAGCUUGCGCUGAAGUCAGAAGGCUUCUGUGAGAUUGAUCUGCCGACUCUGGAGAUUAUUGUGACACGAGAGACCCUCAACACAAAAGAGGAUGUUGUGUUUGAGGCGGUUUUGAACUGGGCAGAGGCCGAGUGCAAAAGGCAAGGCCUGCCAGCCACCCCUGCCAAUAAAAGGAAUGUAUUGGGGAAAGCACUAUACUUGGUACGGAUUCCGACCAUGACUCUGGAGGAAUUUGCCAAUGGAGCUGCCCAGUCAGACAUUUUAACCUUGGAGGAGACGCGCAGCAUAUUCUUGUGGUACACAGCUGCUAACAAACCACAACUCGAGUUCCCGCUUGUUAAAAGGAAAGGACUGGCACCUCAGAGGUGCCACAGAUUCCAGUCUUCGGCCUACCGCAGUAACCAGUGGAGGUACAGAGGCCGCUGUGACAGCAUCCAGUUUGCCGUUGACAAAAGGAUAUUUAUUGGUGGUCUGGGGCUUUAUGGGUCGAGCUGCGGUAAAGCAGAAUAUAGUGUCAAAAUUGAACUUAAAAGGCAGGGGGUGGUCCUUGCCCAAAACCUGACUAAAUUUGUUUCUGAUGGAUCGAGUAACACCUUCUCAGUCUGGUUUGAGCACCCAGUGCAAGUAGAACAGGACACCUUUUACACUGUCAGCGCCAUCUUGGAUGGAAAUGAACUCAGCUACUUUGGGCAGGCAGGAAGGUAUGACGGAGGUGCAGUGUGGGAAGGUGACCUUCCAGUUUCAGUGCUCUUCGGACAGUACUAAUGGAACUGGGGUGCAGGGGGGACAGAUUCCUGAACUCAUCUUCUACGCAUGA